AUGAACAGAGAGCUCACAAUUAGGGAGAAGUAUGUAUUGGGGGAGAUAAUCCUAGCUGAAGUCUUCUAUCUCCUUCAAUUGGGUAUCUUCUUCUACCUCACUUGGCGUUGGUGGCAGGAUAAUAAGGCAGUGAGGAAGAAACUCACGAUGCCCAAGAAGAGGAAUGAUUUACUGCGCCACGAUUGGGUUUUCGAGGCGGCAUGUGCUAAGAGAUCGUUGGACCCGAAGUCACACAAAUUAGUGUAUAAGAAGAAAACUGUCGAUUUGAGCCUUCCUUUCAAAUACUCUGGUUUGACCAACCGCGCAACAGUGGAGCUGGUCGCUCAAGAUGAGGGGGAGACGACGCUAUGCCCCUCGGACAUCACUGUACGCAUUGGGAUUCGUCUUGAAGACAGUCAUAGAGUUGAGUGGAGUGGAUACUCAUCUUCCUCAAUCUGGGACAUCUUAGAGACACUUGCCUCGCACGACAAAAGGAUCGCCGACCUUCUUGCACCGACAACUGAUGGCCUUGUACCAACCGUGGUGUAUCUGCGAAACCAAAUUAGUGGAGAAAAAUCACUUCGCGAGACAACAGUCCAUAGUUUGGGUAUUCGAGGCUCUGCUCUCUUUCAACUUCAUCGUGGACCACCUGAGCUUGUCAAAGGUGCUGAAAAAAGCUCCCCUCCUGUUCAAUCUUCUUCUGGUGGCAGUAGUGGCAGUGGAACUGGUGCAUCAGGAAGUUCUUCGCCCCCUGCGAAGAAACCGCCGCCACCAUCAGCCUCACAGGAUUUGUCGCCGUUGGCGCCAUUAGCAGGAGGCAGUCACUUGGCCUACACGCAACGCUUACCCCAGGGCGAGUCCGCUUCUAUCGUCUUUCCAGGUGGUAGCGGCAGCUCUCCUGGCGCGGCUACUUCUUCGACACUGGAUCCUUUCUCCAUUUUCGGCUCUGCGUCGUCAAGAUCCAUUUUCGAUCCGGAUGAGUCGACACGAGAAAAUCCUAAGAAGUCACUUACAGUGGGUGAGAUGAUUGGGGUCAGUCUGGAGCCCGAUACACCAACCUCUUCCCGACACCAGGCCAUAUCGGAACACCCUGAGUUCAAGUUCCCCACGGAGACAGAGGGUCAAGAUCUUCUGCACCUCCAAAAAGCAGAUGAAAGUGCUCACACGUCAACUGGAAUGUGUGAACGGGAGGAGGUGCUUUUUCGAAGGCAAACCUCCGUCUCGCACGACUUGGAAUCGGAAGAGCUACCCGACGAGUAUUUCGAACUCACUGAACGUGAACUUCGUCUCAUCAUCGCCGGUCUACGGAAGGAGGCAGGUACGGACGUCCCACUGGGCGAACGCAGUCUUCAAAGGUCAGCAAGAUCUGCAUUCAUUGAGAACUGUGAAAGAUGCAUUAUUCGAUUUACCUGGUCUGAUGACAUUUACCUUCAAGCCUGCUUCAGACCUCAAGAACAUGUGUCCGCUCUCUAUGAUUUCCUACGAGAACGAUUGGCGAACAGGGAGUUGUCCUUCCAGCUGUUUACCACACCUCCGCGAGUUAUUCUUUCACACAUGGAUGCAACACUCAUGGAGGUGAGUGGUUUGGAUAAACCCUGUCUGCGGGUUGGAUUUCAUGGGGCUUGA